AUGAGCGUGGACUUAAACUGCAAAUUACACGUUUUUUCUUCCUUUCUUUCUUUCUUUCUUUCUUUCUUUCUUUCUUUCUUUCUAGUUUUUUUAUUUUUACCUCCCACUCAUUAUUACUUCCUUUUCUUCUUUCCUUCUCCUAAAUCUCUCCUAUUUUCUUUCGAUUUUCCUUCUUCUAUCCUUUUCUUUUAUACAUUUUUAUCACUUUCAUUUUUUUCGCUUCCUUUCUUCCAAAUCGUUUUGUUUAUUUUGUUUAUUUUUCUUUAUAAAUUCUUUAUAUUUUGUUUUUCAUUUUAUUUUAUUUUUUUAAUUCCAAUUUCAUUUUUCUUUCCUUCUUUCUUUUAUUUUGCCCGUUAUAUCCUUCUUUCUUUUCUUUUCUUUCUUUCUUUCUUUCUUUCCUCCAUUCCUCCCCCUUUCCUCCCUCUCUUUUUGCCUUCCUUUCUCUCUUUCUUACAAUAUUUUCCUUUACCUUUUCUUUUGUCUGUUGAAUCCUUCUUUCUUUUGUUCUCUCUUUCUUUUAUUAUAACAUUUCCUUUUGUCUUUUCAUUUAUCUGUCAAUCCCUUUCUUUCUUUCUUUCUCUUCAUGUUUCUUCAUCUCUUAAUUUUUUUUUUUCUUUCAUUCUUUUAAUUUCAAUUAUUUUUGGCACAUCCAUUUUUCUUCAUUCCGCACUUUCCUUCCUGCCUUCAUUCCUUCCUUCUCUUACUAAACCAAUAAUCACAGCAUAUUCGCAUAUCCACUAG